ACCUCCGGACCAUAGAGCUCAAAUUCUAGCUGGGCCACUCGUUCGCCACUUCCGCUCGUUCGCCUAAAACCGCGCCUGCGCAGUGCGCUGCUUCCUCUGUGAGUUUCGACCUAGUUGGUGUCGACAUGGCUAAACGCACCAAGAAGGUCGGUAUCGUUGGUAAAUACGGGACUCGUUAUGGCGCCUCCCUCAGGAAAAUGGUGAAGAAAAUUGAAAUCAGCCAGCACGCCAAGUACACUUGCUCCUUCUGUGGCAAAACCAAGAUGAAGAGAAGAGCUGUGGGAAUCUGGCACUGUGGUUCCUGCAUGAAAACAGUAGCUGGUGGUGCCUGGACCUACAACACCACUUCUGCCGUCACAGUAAAGUCUGCCAUCAGAAGACUGAAGGAAUUGAAAGACCAGUAGAAGCUCCACAAUUUGAAAUAUUGCUAGCCUGUAAUAAAUGGGUUAAUUUAUGUAACAAAAUUA